GUUCGAAUGGCGGUUGACUACGGCCGUCGCGCCGCGGCCGAAGAGGAGGCGCAGAACUUGGCCGAGGCCUUCCGGCUGUACAAACAGGCGCUGUUCCUGUACUUCGUGGCUGCACGAGAGAUUCGCGUCGAGAGCAGCGGCUACCUGCAGCGCACGCACGAGUUCAUCCGCUUCUUGGGGGCGCGUGCCGAUGGCGACUACUCGACGGCCAGCUCGAGCCCGUCGCCCACGGGCCAGCAGCCUCGGCUACUCCGCAGCGGAAGUAGCCUCAGCGUCUUACCGGCGCCCCACGGUCACGAGGAGCACAAGGCGUUUCACACAAGUGGCGUGGUCGUGCUCGGUGAGGCGCAGGUGCGCUGGUCGGACGUGUUCGGCCUCGAGGUGCUCAAGCGGGCGCUCAUGCUCAACGUCGUGUACCCCGUCAAGCACCCGGCGCUGUUCGAAAACGCCAAACCACUCUCGAGCCUCAUGCUGUACGGUCCCACGGGCUGCGGCAAGUCGCACAUCGGUAAGGCCCUGGCCACCGAGUUUAACGACUCGACCUUCUUCUACGUCAUGUGCCAGCAUUUCGCCUCCAAGUGCCUCGUCGGAAACGAGAACCUAACCGUGAGGACGCUGUUCGAGAUGGUCCUCAACCACGCGCCCAGCGUGCUCUUCCUGGACGAGCUUGACGCCCUCAGCGGGAGCGGUGUCAGCGGCGAAAGCUCGGGUUUUCUGUACAGAGUGAAGGCCGACUUCCUGAGCCUCCUGGAGGGGAUACUCUUCAAACAGAAGGUUACCGUCAUCGGAGCCACCAAGUCGCCGUGGGCCGUGGACCCGGCGCUCGCGCGCGUGUUCCGUAAGUGGGUUUACGUUCCGCUACCGACAGACGAAACCAGAGAACUGAUGCUGUUGAGUGGACUCAAGGAUGUCCGCAAUCAGAUGUUGGAAGCAGACAUCUACUACCUCGUACAGAAGACAGACGGGUACACGUGUGAAGACCUGACGUUGCUCCAGAGGGAAGCCAAGAUGCAGGUGAGACAGAAGCUCAAGUCAGCGACGCACUUUGUUAAGGUCGAAGGGUACAGGAGGCCUGGAAGUGCGUCAAAGACCGGCGACUUCCUCACGCCAUGCUCGCCGGACACUCCUGGGGCGAUCAGAUUGUCCUGGAAAGACAUUCCGAAGGAAGCCCUCUUGGAACCAGAGCUGAGCUUGCAAGAUUUCGAGGCGGCGUUGCAGAAGUACCACGCCUCGGUGACAUCUAGCGAGCUUGACAAACUGGACUCGUUCAGAACGAAUCAGGAGUCCAAUGUUCACACAGUUCUGCGGGUUGACAUGAGUGCUUUUAAUGUAGGCCACAUGGCUAACGACGACACUGAAGCUGUAGUCGAAAACUGA